AAGUUGAGAAAAUGAAGGUGCCGGUGGAGAACACGUUGACGUCUCUGAUGGCGGGACUUCGCAAAGUCGCUCAGGGCCUCUCGCCCUUGCUCAACGAGCUCGUGGAGAAGGAAAAAGUCGCCGGAGGAGACGUCCCGCUUGAUGUCGACGACGACGAAGACGAAAAACCGCCAGACCGGGAUCGUCUUCAUCCGCCCGCUAAGAGAGCCAAAAGGUGAAAGUCCAGCCGGGGCCUGCUGGUCUUCCUCGUCCGUCGGUUCAAUUGUUCCACACGUUGUUACUGUUGUUUUAAGUGGCAGCGAUCCUCGCCUGUUGAUUUCUCCUCAUGAUUGUGCGAUGUUGACGUUGUAACGUUGAACACAGAAGAUCAUCAAAUAAAAUCACGUCAUUAUGUAACCGUGGUAACGUUCCGACGUUGCAUGUGGCGCAAAGUUACAUUGAUUUGAGUUGAAGCACAAAAGAAAACACAUUUCAGGUCAAUUGUCUACAUUCAAAAUCAUUUUGACGGUGUCUUAAUUUCAAAAAUGUUUUUUUUUUUUUUCUUUUCUUUUGGUUGAGCUCGAUCGCGACAAAUCGAGUGUCGACACUCAAGGCAGUGGGCUCCCGACCCGUUCCUUGUUUCGCAUUCUCCGUAACCUGGACUCGAUUUCUUGGUUGGUGUCGCGAUCAAACAAGAUCGAGAAUAGGUCGGUCGCGUGACGGUGACGUCACCGAAGCAGCAGCCAGCAAUGGCGACCGCGAUUUAGCGAGUGGGCGGAAGCGGCCUGCGACGGCUCUCGUUGCGGUUCGAAACCCCACCCACGACGGAAGGAAACGCGACCCGGGUUAGCGCGGCUAGCUUAGCCCACAGUUUGAGCGAGAGCCGAACUUGAGACGACGCCGGACGCUCAAUGGCCGCCGCCGCCGCCGCUCCUUGUGGUGUCUGCGUCUUGGCCACCUGGGGGCAGUAUCGCACGGAGACACAAAGAAGACUUUCACAAGCGUCUCACUAAGCUGUGCUAAUGGUUGCUCUCCGCAGAGGAUAAAGACCAUAUGCCUCGCGACCGACAUGGAGUCGAAACGGGACGCGUCCGAAGACGACAGUCGGAGCCGGCGGUCGCUCGGGAGCGCCAAGAGUCGGGCGUCCUGCGCCAAAAAGCAGAACCGCUACGGGAACGUCCGGGACUUCUCCAAAGGCCGAGACUACGCCACGGAUCCGGACCGGGCGUCGGACGGCGAGGGCACGUGUUACUCGGACGAGUACGACGACGACGACGACGAGUCGGAGCGCUCGCUCUCGCCCUACGCCGGGGAUCGUACGCCGCCGCCGCCCGUACGCGCCGGCCCCGUUUCCAGCGCUUCGCCCUACGACACGGGUUCAGAGAAGCGGGUUCGGGCCCGGCCCCCCCUGGCGCCAAGGGGGGCCCGCGGCCGGGCGACGCGCUCGCGUAGCAAGGAGUCCCUCCCCCCCAAAGACUUGGACCCCCUGACCAGGCAAAUGCUGUCGGGCCGCCUGCUGAAGAUCAACGAGCUGCGCAACGUUCACGCCGAGCUGCAGCUGCGGAUCGCCGAGCUGCAGAAAGAGAACCGCGUUCUCAAGCAGCUUCAGACGCGCCAGGAGAAGGCGCUGCAGAACUACACGGACGCCGAGAGCAAAAUCUCCCAGAUGCUGUCGUGCCACGCCAACGAGACGCACGUCCUGCGCGAGCGGCUGCGCCGCGCCCGCGAGCGGGAACGCGCCGCCGAGCGCCGGCUGAAGGAGAAGGACGAGCAGCUGCUGAGGAGCCGCAACGCCGCCAACCGCAUGAAGAAGCUGCUGGAGCAGCGGCAGGUGGGGGCUCGCCAGGAGCUCGGCUGCCAGUUGGACCAGGAGAGGGGGCGGGCCCGCGAGGCCCAGCUCAAAGUCAAGGAGCUGGAGAGGAACUUGGAGCUGAGCGCCGGCAGCCACCAGAGGCAACUGGCGGCCGAGAGGAGGAAGACGUUGAGCGCGCAGGACGACGUGAAGACUCUGCAGAAGGAGUUGGAGGCGCUGGCCAAUAAACUCAGGGAGAAAGAACGGGAAUUGGAAAUCAGGAACAUUUACGCCCUCCGCAUGGGAAAAGUCUCACCGAGGAAAGCCGCAGACGGCGACGCCAAAUCCAGACUCUUCAGCAGGACACACAGCAAGGCGGUGCAGACGCACGAGCGCAGCGGCAGCCCCGAGUUCCCGUCGCCGCCGCCCGCCUCGGUGGAGUACAGCGAUCCGGCCCCCGACGGUUACCUGUCGCUCAAGCAAGCGGACGAGGCGGACGGCGCGGCCAAACCGGAACGGGACCAAAGGAAGGCGACGGGCCGCGACGCGUCCGGAGGCUCCGGGGAAGGAAAGCGGACGCCUGAGGAACGUCGACAAGACGCCUGCCGGGUCCGCGUAUUCGCGGGCGACUCGCAGAAAGAAGACGACGACGGCGACGAGAUGAGCAGCUUAUUGACCAAUCAAAUGCGCGAGAGCGUCCCCGUCGCAGAGGAAGCGGACCGGCAGCGGAACCGCCGCGAGAGCGCCGGCGAGGCGCGUCGCAGGAAAGAGCAGCUGCUGGCCAAGAUGCGCGAAAUCGACCUUCAGAACCGGGACGCCAGGAGCCCCGUCUUCGUCGAUUCGUCCGAGUCGCCCCCGCCGUCGUCGCCGGGCCGGCGGAGCCUGCGCUCCCUCAAGGCCGAAGACGACCCGCUUUUCCGAAGCGCCGCGCCCCCCUUCGGAAUCCUCCGGCAAAGUACAGCCAGGGAGGACGGCGACCGCGCGCUCGAGGCCAUUGGCGUCUUCAGCCUCAAGAGGGCCGAGGCGGAGGACAAGAACAAGAAGUCCACCCUCAUGCGGCAGCUGUUCGGUUCUCUGGCGGCGCCGACGGGCGGCGACGAGACGCCGGGGGGCUCGCGGGCCGCGGGGCGCCUCGGCGCUCGCCACGUGGCGGCCGUCCGUCCCGCCGUCGCUUCCUUCGACGACGACAUCGAGGAGCUCAUCUUGUAGCGCUCGCUCGCAUCUACUUUUUAGUUUCGCUUUUCUUUGUAGCGGUCGAGAAUCGUAUUUAAAAGAAUUGUAAACAUUUUGUUUGUCGU